AUGGCACCCACGCAGUCUCUCGUCAACAAGCUCAAGGUGCAGCUCAAGCUCUCCAUAUCCCGCCUGCGCAUGGUCCAGCAAAAAGACUCAGCGAAGGCCAAACAGCAACGCCGCGAAAUGGCGCAGCUUCUCGAGGCUGGCAAGCUCCAAUCGGCGCGCAUACGCGUCGAGAACAUCAUCCGCUCCGACAUCACCACCGAGCUCCAUGAGAUCCUCGAACUCUACUGCGAACUGCUCCUCGCGCGUUCGCAGCUUCUCGAUCCUCCGUCCUCUCCUUCAACCCCCGCCAAUACCAUACCGCUAGACCCUGCGCUGGAGGAGGCUGUAAGGUCCAUCAUAUACGCUGCACCGCGCACGGAAAUCAAGGAGCUACAUGCUGUCCGGGCGCUACUGGUGGACAAGUUUGGCAAGGAGGUCGCGCUGCCCAGCAUGGAAGGAGAAGGCGUCGCAGAGCGCGUGGAAAAGAAGCUACGGGCGGAGACACCCAAGCCCGAGCUUGUCGAUGCAUAUCUGACCGAGAUCGCGCGGUUCUACGGCGUACCUUAUGGGGAGCCAGAGCCUUCGCAGGAUGAUGAAGAAGAAGACGACGAUGAGCCGUCAGGCGGUAUCGCAGAGGAGAACCCCAAGGAGCGAGAGCCCGCGCUCGAAGCCGACCCAAAAGCAAGCAGGAAAGAGGAAGAGGAAGAGGAGUUGGUCAAGGCUACCCCACCCAAGAAGUUUGGGCCGCAGAGUCCGCUGCGAGUCGUGCCCCCGAGCCCAAGUACAGACAAUUUGGCGCCGAAAUUGAAGCUACCAGGCUCAGCGGCCGCAAAGCUGAGUGCGUCCAAGUUGGAGGCAAAGAAACCAGCAGCGAAGAAGGAGGAUAGUUUGGGGAAAAUUCCAGAUGUCGAUGAGCUGGCGAAAAGGUUCGCUGCUCUCAAGCGGUAA